GGUAGAGCUUCAAACCGUAGGCGGUGCGGAGUGUUGACAGCCUCGCCCCCAACGGUCAGUCUCCACGGCAGUUCCGUGGCGUGGCCGGCUACCCGGAGCAGCUUUGCGGGACACGGAGAAACGCCAGCACGUUUUGGGAGCGCCAGAGACGAAAGUCCGGCCGGGACUCUGGAGCCGGGUGUCCUCCUGCGCUUGCUUUUCUACAAGAUGUUUGGAUUUUUGAAGCGCCCUGUAGUGGUGACCUUUCACAUCAACUUGAAUAUCGUCGCUCUGACUGGAGUGGGGCUGCUGAGUCGGCUGUGGCAACUCUCCUAUCCUCGGGCUGUGGUUUUUGAUGAGGUGUAUUAUGGGCAGUAUGUCUCUUUUUAUAUGAAACGGAUCUUCUUUUUGGAUGACAGUGGACCGCCGUUUGGACACAUGCUGCUGGCCUUGGGAGGUUAUUUAGGAGGAUUUGACGGUAACUUUUUGUGGAACAGAAUUGGAGCAGAGUACAGCAGCAAUGUACCCGUGUGGUCUUUGCGUCUGCUGCCGGCACUUGCAGGGGCCCUGUCGGUCCCAGUGGCCUACCAGAUAGUGUCAGAGCUCCACUUUUCUCACUGUGCUGCCAUGGGAGCUGCCCUGUUGAUGCUGAUUGAGAAUGCCCUGAUCACGCAGUCCAGGCUCAUGCUUUUGGAGUCAUUGUUAAUAUUUUUUAAUCUACUGGCCGUGUUGUCCUAUCUGAAGUUCUUCAACUCCCAAAAACACAGCUCUUUUUCUCUGCGCUGGUGGUUUUGGCUGAUGCUGACUGGGGUCUCUUGUUCCUGUGCAGUUGGCAUCAGAUACAUGGGGGUUUUCACGUACUUGCUCGUGCUCAGCGUUGCAGCUGUCCACGCCUGGCAUCUGAUUGGAGACCAGUCUUUGACCAAUAUCGUUGUGUUCUGUCACUUGCUCGCCCGAGCAGUAGCUUUGUUGGUCAUCCCGGUCGUCCUGUACUUACUGUUCUUCUACAUUCAUUUGAUGCUGCUCUACCGCUCUGGGCCCCAUGACCAAAUCAUGUCUAGUGCCUUCCAAGCCAGCUUGGAGGGAGGACUAGCCCGCAUAACCCAAGGCCAGCCCCUGGAGGUGGCCUUUGGUUCCCAGGUCACUCUGAGGAACAUCUUUGGCAAACCCUUGCCCUGCUGGCUUCAUUCCCACCAGAGCACCUACCCCAUGAUAUAUGAGAAUGGCCGGGGCAGCUCCCACCAGCAGCAGGUGACCUGUUACCCCUUCAAAGAUGUCAAUAACUGGUGGAUCGUGAAAGACCCAGGGAGGCAUCCACUGGUGGUGAGCAACCCUCCAAGACCCGUGCGGCACGGGGACAUCGUGCAACUGGUCCACGGCAUGACUACCCGCUUCCUCAACACUCACGAUGUUGCCGCCCCGCUGAGCCCACACUCACAGGAGGUCUCCUGCUAUGUGGACUACAACGUCUCCAUGCCUGCCCAGAACCUCUGGAGGCUGGACAUUGUGAACAGAGAGUCAGACAGGGAUAUCUGGAAGACCAUCCUGUCGGAGGUGCGCUUCGUGCACGUGAACACGUCCGCCAUCUUGAAGCUGAGUGGGGCUCACCUCCCUGACUGGGGGUUUCGGCAGCUGGAGGUGGUUGGAGAGAAACUGUCUCGGGGCCACCAUGAGAGCAUGGUGUGGAACGUGGAAGAACAUCGCUACGGCAAAAGCCAGGAACAGCGGGAAAGGGAACUGGAGCUGCACUUACCUACGCAAGUUGACAUCAGCAGGAACCUCAGCUUCAUGGCCAAAUUCUCAGAGCUGCAGUGGAGAAUGCUGACACUGAGGAGCGAGGACUCAGAACACAAGUACAGCUCCACCCCCCUGGAGUGGGUCACCCUGGACACCAACAUUGCCUACUGGCUGCACCCCAGGACCAGCGCUCAGAUCCACCUGCUUGGGAACAUCGUGAUCUGGGACUCGGCCAGCCUUGCCACAGCAUUCUAUGCCUUGCUCUUCCUCUGGUACCUGCUCCGAAGGCAAAGGAGCAUCUGUGACCUUCCUGAGGAUGCCUGGCCCCGCUGGGUGCUGGCCGGAGCCCUGUGCGCUGGUGGCUGGGCACUGAACUACCUGCCCUUCUUCCUGAUGGAGAAGACGCUCUUCCUCUACCACUACUUGCCUGCACUUGCCUUCCAGAUCCUACUGCUCCCCAUAGUCCUACAGCACAUCAGCGACCACCUGUGCAGGACCCAGCUGCAGAGGAGCCUCUUCAGCGCCCUGGUCGUAGCCUGGUAUUCCUCUGCAUGCCACGUGUCAAACACACUACGCCCACUGACCUACGGGGACAGGUCACUCUCACCAGGCGAGCUCCAGGCCCUUCGCUGGAAAGAUAGCUGGGAUAUCCUGAUCCGAAAAUACUAACAGAACAAGAGCGCAGCAAGGAAUGUCCUGGCUGGGGCUGAGGACAAGGUAGAAUUAAUGUGUUUGUCUCCAUAAGCAAAGGGGCUCUGUGC